AUGGACAAAAACACAGAGCGAAAGACAGAAAGCCCAGCACAGGACAGCGCACGCAAGGACACUCCUAAGAAAGAAGAGACACCGGCGCAGGAGGGAAGCAGGGGCAUGCAGGAGGAAAAGCCAGACUACAAGGCGUCGGAGAAAGAAAUGCAUGCGCGUGCAGAAAAGCAGACGGAGAUGGCAACUGCUAGAAUAUCUGGAUUUUUCCAGUCGUUCACUGCAAAGAUAAAAGGGGGCGCCGAGGGCGUGCGAUCAGGAAUAAACAAGUCUCUUAAACCGAGCAGCAGCGAAGCUGGCAGCGCCCAGGCGUGCAAGGAGAAGGACUGCAAGAACCCAGAAAGCUGCAAAAACAGUGACUGCAAAAUAAAAGACUGCAAGAAGAAGGAGUGCAAGGACGGAACCUGCCACGCGGCAGAGUGCUGCUCUUCUGAAAAGUGCAAGCCCAAAGAGUGCGCAAAGCAGGAGAGCUGCCACUCUGCAGAGUGCAAAGAGCCUGCAGAGUGCACAAACAGCGCCUGCCAUGCUGAAGACUGCAAAAAGGAAAAGUAA